GGUGUCGCUGUUGACCACGUCUGAAUCUCCAAAUCAUGUGUCGGUGCGCACACGUGACAGAGAAGAGCCUGCGUCUCAAGGCCAUUUUCAAAUUUCAUUGGUGAGAUAGUCAUGUGGUUGCAGAGAGACCCUCCGGGUUACGCGGGAUUGUUUUGCUAGAUAUGUCAGCUUACAAAGGACAUCUCUCUCUUCUUUAAAAUCUCUCCAAAAUGUCCUAUCCCAAUAGCUCUCCCACUGCUAAUACGUUUUUGGUAGAUUCUUUAAUUGGGGCCUGCAGAACAGAUAAUUUCUAUUCCAGCAGCAACAUGUAUAUGCCAUCCAGUGCAGAAUUGGGAAGUUAUGGAAUGCAAACCUGUGGACUCUUGCCGUCUCUUGGCAAACGGGGGGAAGUAAACCACCAAAAUAUUGGCAUGAACGUGCACUCGUACAUACCUCAGCUUGAUAACUGGGUAGAUCCGAACAGAUCUUGUCGAAUAGAGCAAGCAUCUAACCAGAUGCCCACUUGCACAUUUUCCCAGAGUAUAAAAGAAGAGAGCAGUUGCUGCAUGUAUUCCGACAAGAGAGCAAAGGUCAGUUCGUCCGAGAUGCCCGCGUACUCUAAUCUGAUCUCCGAGGCGUGUACGGUGGACGGCCCAGAAAUUCCGGUCCCGGGUUAUUUCAGACUGAGCCAAACAUACACCACGGCUAAAAGCCAGGACUAUAGGCAUGAGACUAGCACUCCGAACACUUUGAUGCAGCUGAACCGGCUGACUCCUAAGCCACACUCCGCGUCCUUUGUCGAGGCGGAAAAAAAGGUGCCGGAGAUUGAAGAGGUGGAGACGCGCAGCCCGAGUCCGGACAACACGGCGAGCUCUCAGGAGGAGAAGAGUAACACUGCCGAGGCGCCUGUCUCCAGCCCGGAAUUGCCACACAAGGAAACGAAAGAAUGCAAAACGGAUACACCGACGAGCAACUGGUUAACUGCGAAGAGUGGUAGAAAAAAAAGAUGCCCAUAUACAAAGCACCAAACCUUGGAAUUAGAAAAGGAGUUUUUAUUCAACAUGUACCUGACUCGAGAGCGCCGUCUAGAGAUCAGUAAAAGCGUAAACCUCACCGACAGACAAGUGAAGAUUUGGUUUCAAAACCGCAGGAUGAAGCUGAAGAAGAUGAGCAGAGAAAACCGAAUCCGGGAACUUAAUUCAAAUCUUACCUUUUCGUGAACCUGCAAACCAGUGCAUGCCUUGAAACAAAUUCCAUGUCUGCCUCUCAAUACAUAUAUUCAUAAUGGGUUAUUCUACAACAUGAUGCUGUAGAACAUAGGACGUUUUUUCCCGUUCAGAUACUGUGAUUGUUGCUACACGUCAAAAUAACUUUUUUUUUUUUAUUGUAGUUACUUGAUGGUAUUCAAGUAUUAUUAUAAAAUGUAUGAAUUGUGUAUAGCCAUUAUGUUUCACAGGGUAUGAAGUGGUCUUAAAUUAUGAUACGUGACAGAAACACAAAUACGUUGUGUGUUUUUCAUGGGAUACAAUAUAGUGUCGCAGAGGACAACACUGAAAUUCCUUGCAAACAUGACUUUGGACCUGAAAGCACAGUUGCCGUUUUUAAUCAGAGUAAGCUCACAUUCAUCUUCGAUAAAAAGUGUACAUUUAUGUGAAAUCUUAAAUUGCUCUGUAUAGUAAAUGUGAUAUGUAAUAUUAAAAUAUUUACUUCUAGUGCAUGUUUGUAGCAUGUAUCGUGUAAUAAAUUGUUUGUCAAAGUAGCAGAUUGUGUGUAAACAGUUUCAUAAACUAUAUAAAAAAACAUAUUAAAAAAAAACCCAAAAACAAACAAAGACCACAAAACAACCACCAAAAUACAAACAAGCCAUUAAAUGAAAAUAUGGCACGAAUAAUAUGGUCUUCUUUGUCGUUCUUCUAUCUGUAAAUUGGUAAGUAAGUACAAUUUCUGAUAUUGUAACAACUCAAAUUAAAAUGAUUACAUGUU